ACGAGAUCCAAACCUCCUCCUCCUCCCAGCGCGCGCGCGGCACCUCGAAUACCUCGAUCGGUCGAUCGCCUGCAGUUCUGCACCGCACGUCCGCGCGCAUCGCCCCGGCCAUAGCAUGGCGUCGCCGGACCACCUCUUCGGCCUGCGCAACAGCUUCUACAUCGGCGCGUACCACGCCGCCAUCACCAGCAGCCAGUCCGUCCCCGCGCACGCCCUCUCCCCCGACGAACUGGUCGAGCGCGACGCCCUCCUCUACCGCUCCUACAUCGCCAUCGGAUCCCACCAGCUGGUGAUCGACGAGAUCGGGCCAAGUGCCGCCACGCCGCUCCAGGCCGUGAAGUUGCUCGCGGUGUACCUCUCCGGCGACGCCGGGAACAAGGAAUCGGUAAUCUCAAGGCUUCAUGAGCUCUUGGGAGAUGCCGCAGUUGGGAGCAAUCCGAUUCUCCGGUUGAUGGCCGGCACUGUCUUCUUGCACGAACGUGAUUAUGCCGAAGCUCUGAAGCACACCAACUCCGGUGGGAACAUGGAAUUGCUUGCGCUGAAUGUUCAGAUAUACCUUCAAAUGCAUAGGGCAGACCACGCAGAGAAGCAAAUCAGGGUCAUGCAGCAGCUGGAUGAAGACCACACCCUAGCACAGCUCGCGAAUGCAUGGGUAGACCUUGCCAUGGGUGGCUCCAAGAUCCAAGAAGCACACCUCAUCUUCCAAGACUUGUCAGAGAAGUACCCAACGACUUGCAUGAUUCUUAAUGGGAAAGCCCUGUGUUCGAUGCACAGGGGGAACUUUGAGGAAGCGGAGGGAUUGCUUCUGGAAUCACUUAACAAGGACGCCAAGGACGCUGAAACUCUUGCUAACCUCACGGUGUGCAGCCUGAAUUUGGGAAAACCUGCAACGCGCUACCUCAGCCAAUUGAAGCUAGCACACCCUGACCAUAUGCUGGUGAAGCGAAUGUCCUCUGCCGAAGACAGUUUUGACAGAACCUGCCAAGCGAUGGCAUGAAUUUUGCUGCUGUAUCUGUUCCUUUGUUUUUUUUUUUUUGAAAAAUAAAAUUUGUUGCUGUGUCUGUUACUUUACUCUUGGG